UAUUAGUCGAUUUCUAUUUUUAUGGUCAACAUUAAUGUUAAUGAAUUACACAAUGUACGCUGCUUAGCUGUGCUGAUAGAAAUGGGCUUACUGGAUAUUAAUACUGUGUGUUAGUGCUAGACUAAGUAUGUAAUUUUUCUAACUACUACCUACUUCUAACUACACUUCUAACUACAUUGAGGAGUUUCUAUUUGUCAUUCUUUUGUCAUUUUGUAUGAAAUCAGCCAAACCAGUCAAAUGUUUAUUAAAAAAAUAAAUAAUAAAAAUCCAGAAAAAGAGUACAUUGUAUUGAGGGAAUGUUAACUGCACAAAAAACAAGGAAAGAAUUCAUUUUAAGCUGUAGUGUGUAUACCAUAUUGCAUUACAAUAAAAUAUUUUUAGUGUUUGGGGUUUAUACAGUCAUGGUUUAUAUUUCAGACAACACAAAAUCUAAAUAUGGUAGGUGGAGUCAAGAGUUGAGCUGAGGUCAGAGGGUGUGGCUUAAGCAAUGUAGAUGCUGCACUUUGACAAAGUCUGGAACAGUCACUGAAUCUGCAAGAGGAGGAAAAUGUCUUCUAAACCGAUCAGCGUGUUAAUAACAGGGGCCAACAGAGGCCUGGGUCUGGAGAUGGUCAAACAGAUGGUGGAGACGCAGAAUCCUGUAAGCGUGCUGUUCGCGUGCUGUAGGGACCCUGAUGGACCAAGAGCUGAGGAAUUACAAGCUCUGGCAAAGAAACACCCAGACAUCAUCAAAAUUAUCCGUUUGGACGCUGCUGAUCCCAAAAGCAUCAAGGAAGCGGCUCAACAAGUGGGACCCAUUGUUGGAAAGAGUGGUCUGAACCUCAUCAUAAACAAUGCAGCUAUGGCAAUUCACAGCCCCGUUUUCUCGAGCACCCCAGAAGAAAUGUACAAAUGUUUCAACACAAAUGCGAUUGGGCCUCUGGUUAUAAUUCAAGAGUUUAUUUCUCUUCUCCGUGCUGCAGCUAAGGAUUCUGGGACGCUGGGCAUGUCCUGUCGCAAAGCAGCUGUGAUCAACAUCUCCUCUAUUGUUGGUUCAAUUGAAAUUGCAAAAGACACGUACAAUAAAUGGACCGUUCUACCAUACCGUGCCAGUAAGGCAGCACUGAAUAUGAUCUCAGUUUGUGCGUCUGUGGAGCUCCAGAAAGAUGAGAUUCUUUGCAUGAUGCUUCACCCGGGCUGGGUACGCACGGACUUGGGAGGACCAGAAGGGGAGUUAGACACUCAUGAGAGCGUUGAAGGAAUGUUCCGUGUGAUGAACUCUUUGACAGAGAAGCACUGUGGGGCCCUACUGAACUGGAAAGGCGAAACCGUCCCCUGGUAGAUUCAACACUGCAGUUAAUAAAC